AUGCGUGGGCUUUUGAUUCUUUUUAUUCUAACUGAAGUUAAUUCUCUUUCGGAAUUCAUGGCAAAUCAAACAAAAUUAUACGAUGAUUUGUUUAAAAAUUAUAACUCAGAUCUUGGAUGCAUCAAUACUUUAGGUGAGGAAAAUUAUUUAGAAAAUACGUGAUUUUUUUGUUGAAAAUCUAUGAAUUCAGCACCAAAAUCACCGUAUAUUUUGAAAAUCGAAACUGGAAUGUUCAAAUUGGUUAAAAUCGAAGAGCCCGAGGAGAGUGUCACUUUUCUUUUCGAUUUAAUUUUGGUAAGCCACGGUCUUACUUGACUACGUAAUUUCUGAAAACAUUUGAGACUUGGCACGACGAAAGACUAGAAUGGAAUCCUGAAGACUACGGUGGAAUAAAUCACAUUUACGUGCCAUUAAAGAAGAUCUGGGUUCCCGAAAUGACAAUCGUCGAUUCAACAGAGCAAAAAAGUUUUCUCGAAAGAGAUAUGCUGUAUGCGUGGAUUUAUAGCAAUGGAAGUGUUAAUUAUUAUCAUUCUUCCGUUAUUACAACAAUUUGUGAAAUGGAUGUUUUCCGAUUUCCGAUGGACAGACAUACUUGUAGUGUGAAUGUUAUUUAUCACAGUUAUGUGACUGGUGAGUACGAGAUUUAUGCCGAGCAAGGAUUGAUGCCGAGACCUAUUAGAACUCUUGGAAAUGGUGAAUGGCAAAUGGAAUCUAUGGGUGUUAGAAAACAGAUUAUGGAUGAUAAUGAAACAGUUUUAGUAAGUUGGCAAACAUGCCUUCACUGAAAAACCUAACCUAGAUGUUGUGAUUCCGAGUUUCAGAACAUCUACGAGGCAACAUUCCAUCGAAAUCCAAGUUUCUACAUAACUCUAAUUAUAAUUCCCGCAUAUUUUAUAAAUGCAUUGAGUAUUGUUGCAUUAUUCCACAAUCUUGAAGCACGAGGUGAAAAAUAUCAAAUUGGUAUGACAAAUAUUAUGUCAAUGAGUUUUAUUAUGGUUAUUCUGGCUGAUGAUUUACCAAAAACAAAGAACAUUCCACUUCUAGGUUUGGAAAUUUUGUUAUUAUUUUUUAGAAAGAGAAAUUAUUUCAGCAAUCUUUGUUAUCAUAAGUUUGGCAUUAAUGAUCGUAUCCUUGGCGCUUGUUUUGAUAAUUCCAAGAGCUACACCAUACCUCAUCAAAUAUAACAAAACAUUACCAAGAAAGAUCUCUCUGAUUCUGAUGUAUCUUCUACAAAUCGCAAACUUUAUCAAUUUUAUUGUUCUAUUUAUUUGA